UACUCUUGGUAGCCUUCCUGUCAGACAUCGUAACACCUGGUGUUCAAAGAAAACGUCAAGUUGUGUGAAAGUUCCGGCCGACUGUUGGCUCGGUCCCGUGUUAACACGUGUGACACGUGUACAUGUUCCGAUGCGAGGGUCCCGGGACAGAGGGUGUCGGGUCUUGGACGGGCUCUACGAAAUAAACUAAACAGAAUAAAGGGGACAAGCUCGAGGCGGAGGGCGUGGCCGCGAGCGCUGGCGCUUUGUGUUUGGGUCGAACCGAUCAGCGAACGGUCUAUUCGGUAACCGGUCAGAUCUUCAAACUGAGGACCAGGAACGAUUUCGCUGUGGAGUCUGUUGUCGCCGAGGGAGCCCACGUCAUCUGAUACUUAUGGAGAGAACGGUCAAACUGUGUGUUCCUUUUGGUUUUAAAGUAACCAUUGGCGAUUGCCAUCAUGCAUAGCAUUUUUUAAAUCUUAAAAUCAAUUUGACUUCUUCUUUACUUUUUUUAAAAGGUUUUAUUAAUUAAAAAAACUCCCAAAUAUAACAUGAUAUGCAAUAUAACUCGUCUUAGCAGACCUCAUUAUGUAGUAUUUAAUUUGACAUGAAAUGAACUAACCUACAGUUUGGACGUAUUUGUUUUCCACAUGUAAAUAUAACACGUGGACACAUAUCUCCAUGAGGGAAAGUCUUUGGCAAAUAAAUAAAUGGAUAAAAGUACUUUUUUUUUUUUUUUAAAUGUGUUGUUUUGCUCCGUUAAGGCCCAGGGAUCCCUGCUAACGGAGCAGGGUGUCUUCCAACUUUUAACCCAAACUUCUUGAAGAAUGUGUUUCAGUGUGCCUGUUUGUCGCCCCGGCCUUGGUGCCAUGGUCCUCAGUUGCACAUGAGCUCUACUAUGUGGUAUAUCAUGCAAAGCAUUCAAAGUAAAUACUCCUUGUCCGAGCGGCUCAUCCGCACCAUCGCAGCCAUUCGCUCAUUCCCACACGACAAUGUGGAGGAUCUCAUUCGUAAGGGAGCUGAUGUGAACCGGAUGCAUGGCACACUUAAGCCCCUGCACUGUGCCUGUAUGGUCGCCGAUGCUGACUGUGUAGAGCUGCUGUUGGAGAAGGGCGCAGAGGUGAAUGCUUUGGAUGGAUAUAACCGAACAGCACUGCACUAUGCAGCAGAGAAGGAUGAGAGCUGCGUGGAGCUGCUGUUGGAGUACGGGGCCCAUCCAAACGCCCUGGACGGCAACAAGGACACACCACUUCACUGGGCUUCCUUCAAAGAUAACCCAGACUGUGUGAGGGCCCUGCUGGAGAGCGGCGCCUUUCCCAAUGCCAGGGACUACAACAAUGACACGCCUUUGAGCUGGGCAGCAAUGAAGGGCAACCUGGAGAGUGUCAAAGUGCUAUUAGACUACGGAGCUCAGGUCCAUGUGACCAACUUGAAGGGCCAGACCCCUAUCUCCCGACUGGUUGCCCUGUUGGCCCGGGGCCUGGGUACUGAACAGGAGGAGGAGUGCUUAGAGCUGCUGUGCCGGGCAGCAGGGCGGUUUGAGAUCCGAAGGGCUGAUGGCACCCUUCCCAGGGAGCUGAGUAAGGAUCCCCAGCUGCUGGCGAGGCUGACCAACAUGGUGGCUCAGGCUCCCACGCUUCGCUCUCUGGCGCGCUGUGCUGUUCGUCAGAGUCUUGGAGUCCAGUUCCUCCCCACUGCUGUAAAAGAGCUUCCUUUACCAGAGACUAUCAAAGACUUUUUACUGCUGAGAGACUGAGGUGAUGGAAACAUUAGGGAGUUCUCAGACCUUACUGGCUAAUAAUUGGACAUUUGUUAGCAAGUAAGUGUCUCCAUUGAAUUAUAGGAUAUUGUCUGACAGUGGCCCUCCCUCAUUUAUCAUUAUUGGUAGCUCUGGUCUGUUAGUCUUUUCACAGCCCACACCGAAGGCAGUUCAGAAAGAAACUGCAACAUCAGGGUUGUUAGGCUUCAUCAUAGGAAUUGACCUCCAUGAAGCUUGUUGUGUCCAUCCAGCUGUUCACAAAGAGCAUCUUUGACAUUUUAAUUAGGCAUCUUAAUAUGUGUUGUAUGCAAAAUGUACAAUAUGUAUUAGGUAUGUUACAUUUGAAUGCUUAUAAAUUGUUAAUAUGGUUUGUCACGGAGCAUGAGGAAAAUCAUCAAUGUUGAGUUUGUUGGUCAAAUUAGUCUAUCCUCAUUGUAAGAUUCGAUUUAAAUGUGUAAUAGGUUAAUGAAUAACACUAAUGUCUCAUGAUGCAGGCUGUCCAGUAAUUCUGUCAGAGGAUGCAGUUUCUGAAUUGGAGUUCUGGAACAAAUUGUAAGUCGCCUCUGAUAGUUGGAGUGGCCAUCUUUCUCUCAAUGACGUCUGAGUGAAAUCACAAUGCAACAUGUUUUGCAGUACUAAGGAAGAAUGAAAAGGGGGGGGGGGGGGGGGUAAUACUCUUUGAUCAGAACAGAAAAUAUUGUGUCAGAAGAGAGCAGUUGUAUUUGUUAUGUAGAAGCAAUGAAAUGUUGCAGAAUAGUAUCAUUGGUUUCACAAAAUGUGCCAGGCACACUAAUCUUGCCUUCAUCUAGCCCUCUGAAAAUGUUCCAGUGUUGAUAAAAGUUAUGUCAACAUGCCUGCUGAUAUAUAUGAUAGACCAUUUAUUUUAAUGAGGGAUGCCCUUGCCAAGAAGGAGUUUUCUUUUCACAAUGGAUCUUUUCAGUCUUAACUUUCUAAAGUUUGGGUUUUCAAAGGUGCUCCCAGGUCUAAACCUUUUGUUGAAUAUGUUUAAAAAGUACUUUUAAUUUUACAUUAAAUGUAGAAAAAAUGAAUGGCAUGAUUACUAAGUUUGUAUCCUUUUAUAGAUUCACUAAAUAAGCUUGCAAAAUGUGUUUAAGUUUUUGUUAUGCCAUUUGUCUGAAAUCUGACCAUUUCUGGGCUUAGUUGUGUUUUCUUCUUCUGCCACCUCGCAGAUAACGUCUUGUGUACACCUGCAAAAGUGCUUUUUUCUUCUCCCCCCCCCCAUUGUCAAUGAAAUAAAAUGCCUUUUAUUCUCUC